AUGGGAUGGCUGAGCAGAAUUCUGCACUUGCCAGGGACCUGGAGCCCCAACCACCUGAAUUCUUUUCUUACCCAAUGUGGCUACUUCCUGUAUCCUGAUCCUGACGGUGACUUUGUUUUUGUUUCUCAAUACUCAGCCUGCUUCGUGCAGAAGGAGCAAAAUUACAGGUUGGAAAUCAGAAUAUUUCAAACAGGGGUGAGAAGGUUGGAGCAGAGUGUCUGCUUCAUCAUGAAGUGUCCAGUGUUAACGUCCAGGCUGGGCCAGGGGGGCGUCUCCUGUGGGCCCACGUUCGUUCAAUCCGAGCUUUGUUUCUUAAGAGCAGCUCUGGUGAGGAAGGGGCACCAGGUCGCUGAAGCUAAAGGCGGUCUCCGUGGAGACAUUUCUGCAGCUUCCGAGGGGCAGGCUUGCUCCUGGCAUCUGCUUCCUUAUGGGCCUUCCCGGAUGGUGGGGUCCGUCCCUGGGUCUUGGGGAGGGCCUGUUUCUUCCCUUCCGCCCAGCCACCAAGUAAUCUCACGUCGCCGAUCAGGAAGCGCACUGUGCUGGCCACGGGACAUCAACCCCCCGCUGAGGUCCUGGAACCGCCCUUUUUGUCUGCAUACCUGCGAAGUGUGUAUUUUUCUGUGUCCCGUGACCUUCCCCAUUCCAGAGUCAGAGGCCUUACUCGACAUCCCAACGCAGAGACUGGGUCUGGUCAAAGAAGGUUGCCACGUGGAGGAAAUCCUGAGCUUGGUGGCAAGGGUGCUGCGGGUCCAGUUCAGCAUCUGUCAUGACAGCCGUCCUCGCGUCUUCUGGAAGCCCCUCCUCCUUUGGGCCACUGACGCCACGUGGAAUCAGAGACCUGGAAGGCGGGACUGUGGGGGUAGCCCUGGAACGGGCGAGAUGGCUGCCCCCGUCCCCUGGACCGUGGAGAGCUCCUCCCAGCGUGUGGGUGAGCGAGUCACCAUGGGGGUGCGCCUCCCGACUGUCACUCUGAGGUCUGCUGCCCCUCCACCAUCCCCAGGAGGGGACACCCUUCCAGCAGGAAGGCCACCUGCUUCCUCUCCCCAGUUCUAAUCUGCGGGAUCCGCCGCCAUGGGUGGCCUCUGGGAAGGGCUUUGUCAGAGCUUUGCUCUCAAGCCUUCUGAUGCCGCAAAGCCUAUGGAAGAAGAAUGGUCCCCAGGCUCCCUCGAGGAAGGUGGACUUACCUGGACAUGCCCCACCUUCAGCUGCUCUGUCCUUAGGGUCCAUGGGAGCUGUCCAGGCCAGCCCCGGUCCCCUUGUCCAGUCUUCCCAGCCCCCACAGCCCUGACCACGCAUUGUUCUCAGACAUCUCCCCUCCUCAGCUCCUCUCUGGGGUCCAAACAGUCCAAAGUGUUCCUGGUCUCAAGGCCAUCCAUUUCCAUGACUCUAGGAAGUAUGAGGCCUGGGCAGAGCUUUGCCGGGUCACCAGGAAGUCCCCUCCUGCUGGGAAUAUUGUCAGGGGGGAUGUGGCUGCCAGAGCCCGCAGAACCCACAUGGGCAACCAGUCCCGAAAGUCACAGGGCUUGUGAGCUUCAGAAAAACGUGGAGGGGCUUCUGAGAGGCCCCCUGGCUGGGCCCCAGAACCACGCCUGCCCAGGGCUCCGGAUCCGCCAGGGCCUGGAUGGCACCUGUGCCCAGUCCCAGUGCCGCGUGUGCAUGCGCACGAGGGUUUUCCCAGCCAUGGGGGACCUCCAGCUGUCCCGUGGAGACCUUCCAGGUCUACAGCAGUCAUCUCUUUACUGCUGA